UCCCUUCACCUUCUGCUUCAAAAACUCUCUAUCUCCUUCAACUGUUCUGAAUCAACAUCAGGCCCCAAAAGGGAAAAAAUGGAGUGGAAUGCAGAAACCCUACAGUUCCUCUCCCAAUGCUUCCUCAACACUCUCUCUCCUUACCCCGAGCCCCGCCGCGCCGCCGAGUCGAGGCUCUCGGAGGCCUCCGACCGCCCCAACUACGGCCUCGCCGUCCUCCGCCUCGUGGCUGAGCCCUCCGUCGACGAGCCCAUCCGCCAGGCCGCCGCCGUCAACUUCAAGAACCACCUCCGCUCGCGGUGGUCGUCGUCCGAAGAAGAACCCAAUGCCCAACCCCAAACCCUAGCUCCAGACGAAAAGGAACAAAUCAAGUCUCGAAUUGUUUCCCUCAUGCUCUCCUCGGCCCCACGCAUACAGUCACAGCUUAGCGAAGCCCUAGGGGUGAUUGGAAAGCACGAUUUCCCCAGACGAUGGCCGGCUUUGUUGCCGGAGCUCAGAUUGAGCCUCGAAAAGGCAGGUGAGGGCUCUGACUAUGCUACUGUUAAUGGAGUGUUGAGUACCGUGAAUUCGAUAUUUAAGAACUUCAGGCAUCAGUACGAUACCAAAGAUGUGGCGAUAGAUUUGAAGUACUGUAUCGAUAAUUUCGCGGAGGCUCUCUUGAUGAUUUUUAAGCGAACGGCGGGUUUGAUUGAUAAUAUUGGUGUUUCGGGUGGGCAGGCUGCGAUUUUGCGGCCGCUGGUUGAGUCACAGAGGUUGUGCUGUAGGAUAUUUUAUUCUUUGAAUUUUCUGGUAUUGCCUGAGUGUUUUGAGGAUCAUAUGGGGGAGUGGAUGGGUGAGUUCCAAAAGUAUCUCACGGUGAAGUUUUCUGUGCUAGAAGAUGGGGGUGGGGAUGGGCUUGCCCUUGUUGAUGAGCUAAGAGCCGCCGUUUGUGAGAAUAUUAGUCUCUACGCGGAGAGAUACGAGGAAGAGUUUAGAGGUUACUUGAGUGGGUUUGUGGAAACCGUAUGGAAUCUUCUUGUGUCCGUUUCUGCGUCUUCUGGCCGUGAUAGGUUGACUGUGACUGCAAUCACAUUCUUAACCACGGUUAGCACUAGUGUUCACCACACUUUAUUUUCCGGGGAUGACAUUCUGCAGCAGAUAUGUGAACGUAUUGUUAUUCCUAAUGUGAUGUUGAGGGAUGAGGACGAAGAGUUGUUUGAAAUGAAUUACGUCGAGUUCAUUAGGAGGGACAUGGAAGGUAGUGAUCUUGAUACGAGGAGGAGGAUUGCUUGUGAGCUAUUGAAGGGAAUUGGAUCAAAUUACCGGGAAAGGGUAACUCAAAUUGUUUCCAGUCAGAUACAGAGUAGUUUGGCAUUGUUUUCCGAAAACCCAACGGCAAAUUGGAAACAUAAGGAUUGUGCCAUUUAUUUGGUUGUCUCCCUCGCGACGAGAAGGGCUGGAGGUACCUCAAUUUCCACUGAUUUGGUAGAUGUUGAGAGCUUUUUCGGAGCUGUUAUUGUGCCAGAGUUGCGAAAUCAAGAUGUAAAUGGGUUUCCAAUGCUUAAGGCCGGUGCUCUGAAGUUUUUCACUAUGUUUAGGGAUCAGAUAUCGAAACCCAUUGCCAUGGCUUUGAUACCCGACGUGGUUCGGUUCCUUGGUUCAGAUUCGAAUGUGGUUCACUCUUAUGCUGCAAGUUGCAUUGAGAAACUUUUGUUAGUCAAGGAUGAAGGAGGAAAAGCAAGAUAUAUAGCAGCUGACAUUAGCCCAUUUUUACUUGUAUUGAUGACUAACCUUUUUGGUGCCUUAGGAAAGCCAGAGUCCGAGGAGAAUCCAUAUGUAAUGAAGUGCAUCAUGAGGGUUCUUGGGGUGGCAGAUAUUUCUCGUGAGGUUGCUUCACCUUGUAUUACUGGGUUGACUUCUGUGCUCAACAAAGUAUGUGAGAACCCAAAAACUCCAACAUUUAACCACUAUCUGUUUGAGGCUGUGGCUGUUCUAGUCAGGCGAUCUUGUGAGAAAGACCCUUCCCUUAUCUCGGCCUUUGAAGCAAGUCUAUUCCCCAGCCUCGAGAUGAUUUUAGCCAGAGAUGUAACUGAGUUCUUCCCUUAUGCAUUCCAGCUGCUGGCUCAACUUGUUGAGUUACAUAGUCCCCCAAUCUCACAAAAUUACAUGCAAAUUUUUGAGAUUCUCUUGUCGCCUGAUUCUUGGAAAAAAUCUGGUAAUGUUCCAGCACUUGUUCGCUUGCUUCAGGCCUUCCUUCAAAAGGCUCCCCACGAGCUUAACCAGGAGGGAAGGUUGGCUCAAGUGUUGGGGAUAUUCAACAAGCUUGUUUCAUCUCCUAGCACAGAUGAACAAGGAUUUUAUGUGCUUAAUACAAUUAUUGAGAAUCUUGGGUAUGAUGUUAUUGCACCCUACAUGGGCCACAUUUGGGCUUCCCUGUUCUCGCGACUACAAAAUAGAAGAACUGUGAAGUUUGUCAAGUCGUUUCUUAUAUUCAUGUCUCUUUUUCUGGUCAAACACGGUUCCCAAAACCUGGUUGAUUCAAUGAAUACUGUGCAGCCCAAUAUAUUUCUUGUGAUCUUGGAGCAAUUUUGGAUACCGAAUCUGAGGAUGAUCACGGGUUCCAUUGAGCUUAAGUUGACAUCUGUUGCUUCAACCAGACUGAUUUGUGAAUGUCAAGCACUGUUGGAUCCAUCAGUUGGUACACUUUGGGGGAAAAUGUUGGACAGCAUUGUUACCCUUCUUUCUAAGCCGGAGCAGGACAGAGUUGAAGAGGAACCUGAUGUUCCAGAUUUUGCUGACAAUGAGGGUUAUGGUGCUACGUUUGUACAUCUAUACAAUGCUGGGAAGAAAGAGGAGGAUCCUUUAAAGGAUAUUAGGGAUCCCAAGCAAUUUUUGAUGGCUUCAUUGGCAAAUCUCUCCGCUCUUUCCCCAGGGAGGUACCCCCAAGUGAUCAGUGGAAAUCUUGAUCCCACAAAUCAAACAGCCUUGCUUCAGCUUUGCAGCUCCUAUAAUGUCGCAAUCGUUUGAGGAAGUAGCUAUCUCAAGUUUUGCGGAGCACAAUAACCGCGUUUCACCUGUCCAAUUUCAAACUAUGAGGAAUACUGAGAUUCGUCAUCAAGUGAGGGCACAAUUCGUCAUCAAGUGAGGGUACAAGCACUUGAUGGCUGGUUUUUUGGUGGUCACAGUUUUGCGGAGUCUUGUUAGCAUGCAUUUGUGAGGAGUUUUUGUCUACUACAUUCUUACAUGUAGUUCAAGCGGGUCUCAUGUCUCCCUGGCUCUCGGUUCUUAUGGUAGCAGUGAGUCAAGGACUUACAUUAUUGCGUGGAAGUUCCGCGCUGCAGGAAACCGAUAUGGUAGUCAUUUUGAGCCCCAUCUCUGUAUGCAUUUGCAAAGCAUAUCAGCAUUGUGGUUGUUUGUGUUGUGGUAUGAACUUCGCAUCCUAACUUUCGGUUGUUUAAGUUCCCCUAUUACUGCUUUGUUGUUAUGUUUGAGGUUUAUUGUGUCAACAAGAAAGAAAGAAAGAACUGUUUUGA